AAUUAGUGCUUGGCCAAAUUAGAGUGUUACACCAAAUAUUUUGUACUAAUGGACCAAAAAAAUUCGUGUACUAGAUCAAUGGUCAAAGAACGAUUCAGCAAAAAGCAAACAUAAAAUUGAGCGUACAGGAUAACAAUCACUGCAGCUUGUCAUUUUCCGCUUAUAUUUGCUUCCUUCCUCAGUCUCACUCCUCAGUCCUCACUGACGCACUCACUCCUUUUGUGAGUCGCUGAUUCACUGCUCUUGAAGCGGGACUGCCGAUAAUCGCCGUUGGACGAUCUCCGCGCGAGGCCCUGUCGACAUACUUUUCUCUGUUGCCUUCGCGCGUUCUGAUAAUCACUGCCUGACCUGAGUCUACCUAGCUCGGACGUCUUCACAUUUUCAGGUAUACGAGUGUUUCUGUAUAUUUUCGCUGAUUCUAGGGGUCCGAUUGUCGUAUUUCAUCCUCUUUUGCUUUGUUUCUUCAGAAACCCGUUCUCUAUUCGUCUCUCGCUUUCUCUUUCUGGUUAGGGUUUUAUGUGCUAUGGUCAUUUCAUGAGCUAGUUGUGAGAUAUAGGCGUUAUCUCUCCCUCCUUUGGUGUAAUAGCAUGACAGAUCGGUGGACUUUUCAUGUGUGUACUGAUGCACUGCUGUAUUCCGGUUUGGUUGUUCACAUGCGAACUCGUCCGCGUUGUGUUUUCUUCUUGGGAACAAGUGGGGUACUGUUGUGGAGGAUGGGUUGUUGGUUUUUUCGGGUGGGCAAUGUGCUGCUUACUAUCCUUUGAAGACAAGGAGAAAAAACCUUUGGAAUAGGUCCCUUUGUUGGCUUCCCCGAUGGAGCUGUGACAUCUUUUGUAGGUGAUUUUAGACUCUCAUCACUUGCGAAUAAUCUGGGAAUGUCUUGUUUUGGCACUUGUGUCUUUUGAUCCUCCUUCACUCCUGCCAUAAUUUCCUUGGAAUAUGGCUACAUUGCCUAUUUUCUGCAUUUGCUGCACUUGAGUGGUCAUUCACUUUCUGUGGAGCAGUUGGAACAGUAAACGCUGGCCAGUGGUUGUCUGUCCCUUCUUUGACCAGCCACAGAUAUACUGUGGUGAGUGGCUGGUGGUUGCAUGCAGCAAAAUCAUUGUUUUGAUAUGACUAUUCUUGUUGCACAUUAUUCUUGUGGAUUUGAGACUUUGUCAGAAGCUUUUCUCGGAACUACUUAACUAGUACUUUUGCCCGAUUCCUGUUCUGGGGUUAUAGGAAGAUUUAGUCGCUUGCAAGAUGAGUUCUAGGGGAAAGGGUGGGAAGUCUUUUGCUUCUGGUACAAGUUCUACUCCAUCAAACAAGGGGAAGUCAUCAGAUACAUCCGUUCCCCAGUUGGAGCAGUUGAAUCAAGGUGUAGCAGAUAUUAAACUUGAUUCUCCACAAGGUGAUGGUGCCUGGGAGGUCUAUUCGAAGAAGUCUAACAAGAACAAGGCAGCAAAGUCUUGGGGUACACAAAAUUCUAACUCUCAAUCUUGGGGACAGAUGGAUGGGGGACAGCGAAAUAAUGGUGGAGCAAGAAGGGUGACUGGCAAUGCUUGGCCAAAUCAAGCAGUUGAGUCUUCAAGACCAACUGGCAGAGGAAAUGGAAAGAAUCAGGCAUCCAAUCGGAGCUUGGAGAAUUAUUGGGCUACUCCACAAGCUGCGGUUCCCCCUCCGCUGACGCAUGGUUGGAAUUGGCAAUCAAGGGCUGGCACAGUGAAAGAGUUGGAAGCGUCACCAGAAAAAGAGCAGGAUGAUACCAAUGAGCAAACUGGUGCUGAUGAAGAAGAUGAUGAAGAUGACGGGGUGUUAGAUGAUAGUGACGAUGAGCUUCUUAGUGAUGAUUAUGAUUCUGAUGUUAGUCAGCAGAGCUUCGAAACCCGUAAAAAGAGCCGCUGGUUUAAGAAGUUUUUUGAUAGUUUGGAUAGCCUUAGACUGGAGGAGAUUGCUGAACCAGAAAGACAGUGGCACUGUCCAGCAUGCCAAGGUGGUCCAGGCGCAAUUGACUGGUUCAAAGGUCUGCAGCCCUUGAUGGCUCAUGCUAGAACAAAAGGGGCGAAACGAGUAAAGCUACACAGGGAGCUUGCUGAACUUCUGGAAGAGGAGUUGUCCAGGCGGGGAACUUCUGUUAUUCCAGCUGGUGAAGUUUUUGGCAAAUGGAAAGGGUUGAAGGAGGAAGAGAAAGACUACGAAAUAGUCUGGCCUCCUAUGGUUAUCAUUAUGAACACAAAGCUUGAUAAGGACGACAAUGAAAAGUGGCUGGGCAUGGGCAACCAAGAGCUUCUUGAUUAUUUCAGAUCAUAUGCUGCUGUUAAGGCCAGACAUUCUUAUGGGCCCCAGGGUCACCGUGGCAUGAGCCUCCUCAUCUUCGAGGGCACUUCAAGGGGUUAUUUUGAAGCGGCACGCUUGGACAGGCAUUUUGCUGACCAGGGAACAGAUAGGAACGCGUGGAAUAAUCAAAGGCGAAACUUGUUUUAUCCUGGUGGCAAGAGGCAGCUGUAUGGUUUCAUGGCAACAAAGGAAGAUAUGGACAUCUUCAAUCAGCAUUCUCAUGGUAAGGCAAAGCUGAAGUACGAGAUGAGGUCAUACAACGAGGUGGUGGUGCGAGACUAUAACCAAGUCUGCAAUGAUAAUGAGCAGCUUACAUUUUACAAGACCAAGGUUAUAAAAGAACAGAGGAAUUCCAGAGCUCUUGCUGAAUCUCUUGGCACUGUUAGUGAGAAGCUGCGGAAGACAAUGGAGGAAAACCGUAUCGUAAGAGAAAGAACCCAGAUAUAUCAUGAACAGAACAAAGAAGAGUUGGAUUUCCAAGAAGAGUUCUUCAAGGAUCAACUCAGAAUCAUCCAUGAAGAAAGGAAGGCAAAGGAAGACGACUUUGAGAAUCGACAGCAGGAGGAGCGCAAGAAGGUGAAAGAUCAAAGUUCCCACGGGAAGGAGGAAUACAGAAGCAGGGUGGAUGAGCUCUCAAAGUUCAUUCAGCUUCAGGAGAAAGAGAUGGAGGAGUUUGUGGAUGAGAGGGAGAAGCUUGUGAAACUACACGAGGACAGAAUCGCUGCAAUGAGGCUGAGACACUGGAAGGAAGAAGUUGAUUUGGAGAAAGACUUUGAUUCCCAGCUGGCCAAUCUCAUGAAGAAGUACAGCCCGGAUGGGAACCCCCAAGCAUGAGAUAUGCCUUGGGGUGAGAGGAGAGCGUCCCACGAUUUGGAGCGACAUAGCUAUUAGUAGUAAGUAGUAGUAAAAUCCCAGUUAGGAGCGCAGGUAAGUGGACGGAAGUAGUGGUUGCUUCAUUCCUUUUGUUGAGGGGGAGUGAGCAAGGUAAUGUGCUUGUUUUGAUGAACGGGUAAAAUGACGAACUCGUGGUACCUGUGGCCUUGCUAGUUAUGUUAACGCUUUGUCGAAGCUGGGCGCUUCUCGUUCUCGGUGAUUGCUGCAAUUUGCUUUAGCAAAUACCUUCAGCUGAUAGAUAGGAUCAGUUCAGUCCUUUUCUUUACGAGUAUUGAUCCUUUUUUCCCGGUGCCUUCUUUUGUUGGAUGCAGCUGCACGAGAAGUUGGACAUUUAGCGGGAUGGUUUGGGCUUGAAUUGGUAAACUCGAAAUACAUCGAGUUAAAAGGCUUUAAAACAAUUUGAUGGCAUAGUGGCUAAGGGUGUGAAUGCACAAUGGCACUAAGGCUUGGAAACUAGAAGGAUCGAAUGAACGAGACGAUUAUGCCAUAUAUCAAAAGGAAGAUUAGUAGUGCUAUAGAAAACAUAACAAACAACAUACGGAGAUAGAGAACCAGCCAGGGAAGAAGAAACUUAG